CAUAUAUCCCACCAAAGUUUGAGUCCAAGCUAUGGAACCCCAAAAGAAAGGAGCAAUGUAUCUUUACAAGCUAGCCCAAAAUCCUGAGGCCAAUUCGCCUCCGGCGACCAUGAAAAAGGCAGCAUCACGCAAUCAUUGGGGUCUAAGGAGAUCGAAAACUUAUAGAGAAAAUGAGGGUGGUGGGCGCCGGAGGUUGGUGGUGGAGGAGGAGGGUGGAGGAGAGGUGGUGGUUGAGGCAAGAAAAUCAGUGUUCUCCAUUGAGGGAAGGAAAUCGGUGUCACAUGUCGAAAAUAAUGUGGAGGCGGCGGCAGCGGCGGCGGCAUUUCUGCAGGUGAAGGUAUUGGUUACAGACAUGCCAGGGUUGAUGCAGGUGCAGGCAUUUAGAUGUGCAAGAAGGACUUAUGAUAGGUUGGAGAUGUUCAGCUCCAAACACAUUGCCUACAACCUCAAGAAGGUGAUUGUUAGUGGAAAACUCAAGACCAUGAAUAUAUUGAUGGCGGGCAGCGGCGUUGCAGCGGCAACGGCGCGUCGGGAUGGGUUGGAAGAGUCAUUGGGACUCCACAAGGUUGGAGAAGACAAUAACCACAAGUCUAGAGAAGAUCUUUGA